AUGGGAGAUGCCAUAUUGGAACGGGGGCAGCAGCAGCUGAAAGACGUCGCUCGCGUUGCUGUGCUCGAGCUCACGCGAACGAGGAGAGGAGCGAGAGAGAGGGGAGGAAAAAAAAACAGACGGGGGUCUCGAGACGGAGAGGCGACCAGAAAAAAAAAAACUUGGACAGGGCUGUCGAGGAAAGUGAGAGAUGCAGUGAAGAAUAAGUGACACACCUCAGGUCAAAGGUUAAACGCUCACCAGGAAGUGGAGUUGCAGGAUGCAGUCUCUCGCCAAGGAGCAGCCGUUGGCCCUCACUGCGGUGAAGUCACACUGUCCAACCAAUGGGAAAGAAGAAGAGGUGAAAACAGAUGCAGACUCCAUGGAGGAAGAGGCGGAGUUUAAUUGGGAGGAGUACAUGGAGGAGACGGGGGCUAACGCUGCCCCUCACACCACCUUCAAACAUGUGGAGAUCAGCCUGCAGAGCAGCUUUCAGCCCGGCAUGAAGCUGGAAGUGGCCAAUAAGAGCAGCCCAGACACAUACUGGGUGGCCACCAUCAUCACCACGUGCGGCCAGCUGCUGCUGCUGCGCUUCAGUGGCUACGGUGAGGACCGUAAGGCCGACUUCUGGUGUGAUGUCAUGACGGCCGAGCUGCACCCAGUGGGCUGGUGCACCCAGAACAACAAGGCCCUGAUGCCCCCCGAAGAUAACAUUUACCUAAGAAAAGCCAUCAAGGAGAAAUACAGCGACUGGACGGAGUUCCUCGUUCAGGACCUGACCGGCGCCAGGACGGCACCUGCCAACCUGCUGGAGGGGCCUCUGAGAGGUAAGAACACCGUGGACUUGAUUGUUGAGGGCUCAGUCCUGGAGCUCCAGGACGUCUCCGGCCCGUUCCUUUACUGGCCCGUACGAGUAAUCCAGAACGUCGGAGGGAGGCUCCGUCUGCGCUACGCCGGACUCUCUGACGACCACGAGGCUCAGGACACCUGGCUGUUCUACCUGGACGUCAGGCUCCGCCCGCUCGGCUGGGCUCUGGAGAACCGUCUCGCCUUAGAACCGCCUACAGGACUCAGGUCUCUGAAGAGCGCCUCCGAUUGGCAGGAGGCUCUGGAGGAUGCCCGACUCAACGGACAGAAGAGCCCACUGCCACUGGAGGUGUUCAAGGACCAUGUAGACCUGCCCGAGCACUACUUCAAGACGGGGAUGAAACUGGAGAUGGUUUCUCCAUGGGAGCAGCUCCAGAUCUGCCCUGUUUCUGUCACCAAGGUCUACAAUGAAAUCUACUUCCAGGUAAUGCUGGAUGAUCUCUCAGUCGAUGCAAAGCCGCAGUGUGUGGUGUGUCACAUCAACUCGACGGGCAUCUUGCCUGUCCAGUGGUGUCUGAAGAACGGUGUGGGCCUGGAGCGGCCCCCGGGUUACGAGGGCCAAGACUUUGACUGGGCUGACUACCUGAAGCAGAGUGGGACAGAGGCAGCUCCGGACGCCUGCUUCCCUGAUACAUGGCAGAACAGAGGCUUUGCCAAGGACAUGUGGCUGGAGGCAGUGAACCCUCACCGGCCAGCGGAGGUGUGUGUGGCUCAGAUCACACAGGUCAGAGGACGCCUGCUGUGGCUCCGACUGGAAGGUGUGGCGAAGCCCCUGUCAGAGUGUAUCAUGGAUGUCGAGUCCAUGGACAUCUUCCCUGUCGGCUGGUGCGAGGCCAACGCUUACCCUCUGACCCCUCCACUCAAACCUGUCUGUCAGAAGCAGAAGAAGAUCGCUGUGGUGCAGCCAGAAAAACAGUUGGCCCCGUCCCAGCCGUUGGAGACGACUCCCGUCAGCCUCUGCCAGCCCGUCGCCAUGGAUCCAGGCUCAGCCAACGGCAGAUACUGCUGCUCCAAGAUUUUUGUCAACCACCGCUGUUUCUCAGGACCCUACCUCAACAAGGGACGCAUUGCGGAGCUGCCGCAGGCCGUCGGGCCCGGAAAGUGCACGCUGGUCCUCAAAGAGCUGCUGAGCAUGCUGAUCAACGCCGCCUACAAGCCCGGACGAGUCCUGAAGGAGCUGCAGGAGCUGGAGGAUCAGAGCUGGGACUGCCAGGAGGAGACCCUCAAAGCCAAGUGAGGAGAGCACAAAGACGUGCAGGAGAACGUUCACUAGAACACAUUCUCCCAAUUGAUUUGGUUAUUCUCUGGUUCUGGUCAUUUUCAGGGGCAGUGA